GACUUCACUGUUUGUGCUUUGAGAAUUGAAAGCGACCCUGUGCUUGGUUAUGUCCCUAAGAAGAGCUGACGUUUAUGCUUAUGCUCCUGACCUUCUUGUUAUGAUCCUUACCUGCUUACAGGACUUUGCCUCUGCCUUGACCCAUACUAUUUAUUUGAAACUGAUUUACCUGUUGCUGACCCCUGGCUUUUGUGACAUGGAUUAUUCUAAUGCUUAUCCCUUGUGCUUUGACAUCUGGUUUCUAAUGAAUCACCUGGUUCCUGACUUUGGCCUUUCCUUCAUAUUCACUUUUGAGAGUUCCCUGAGUUCUGACACACUGAUCCAGUACAGGAUCUCUGGUUUUGACGUUGGCCUAUUCCUGAGCAUCAUCUGCAGAUCAUCUUUGCCACUCUGGUUCCAACACUCAAAUAAGGAUGAACGGGACAGGAUUCUCACCUCCCGCCGCAGAGAUGGCCGAGAUAAAUCGCAUGCAGUAUCAAAUUGAAUAUACAGAGGCGAUAAGUCAGAAGAUGAGAGUCCCAGAAAAGCUCAAAGUGGCUUCAAACAGCGCAGAAUCGGAUACUAAAAAUCAGUUUCACAUGCCUGUUUCUGGCGUUAUGAUGCAAGUUCCAGAGAGGAUUUUGGUGUCCGGUCACAGUGAAGAAGCAUCCUUUUCAAGACCUCCAGACUUAGAUCUUAUCCAGACCACUCCAUUUGAGCCAUUGGCUUUGAAAACACCUCCUCGGGUCUUAACUCUCAGCGAGAGGCCAUUGGACUUUCUUGACUUAGAGAGACCCACACCACACAGCGAUGAGCCCCGGAGUAUUGGACGUCAAAAAAGAGAAAGAUCUGUGAGUGAAAAUUCCACAAGGCAAAACGGGCAGUUGGUCAGACACGACUCCACACCGACUCCGUCUGCUCACACAGGCCCGCUGUGUCCUGCUCCCUCGCCCCCUGUGGAAGGAGCAGACCUUUUCUCUGCCCGUGGCAUUCUAUCGCUCAUUCAGACCUCUACCCGCAGGGCUUAUCAGCAGGUCAUCGAUGUGUUGGAUGAAAACCGCAGGCCGGUCUUGCGUGGAGGGUCAGCGGCCUCUGCUUCUGCCACUCACCAUGAUAACCCCAGGUACGGAGGACCAUCCUUAGACUCCACACUGGAAGGAAAUCUAGAUGACAUGACAUUGGUGGAUGCUACUUCAUUAAGGCGACAGAUAAUCAAGCUGAACAGACGCCUCCUGCUUCUGGAAGAAGAGAACAAGGAGAGAGUUAAACGUGAGAUGGUCAUGUACUCCAUCACUGUGGCAUUCUGGCUACUUAACAGCUGGUUUUGGUUCAGACGUUAAUUCACAGCCUGUACCCCACCCAUAUGACAUUGUACAUCUGUGAGCAGAAAGCCCCAGCGUACUGUAUACUGACAGCUUGAGUGGAUGGGCUGGGGUGUGUUUGGGAUCACAGCACAAAUUUUCAGCUGGUUGUAAUGUAAGGACAGUUAAUUAGCUGAUUCUUGAGGCAUUUUCUGAACCAUUUUUCAGCUAGAGGGGCCUUUUGUUGUUCAUUUGUAGGCCAAUGUAGUCUUGUGUACUCUCAUAAAAAAUUCAACUUGCUUUUCAGAUCCAAGUUUCAGUUAUUAUAGAGCAUAUCUAAACAUUAUGAAUGAGCUAAUAGGAUUGCAUUGAUAUGCUUUUACAUCUGAUUUUCUUUGCCUAUCCUGACUCGGAGGUUACAUGAAUAAGCAGGUACAUUAGGGAACAACUGGAGUGUGAGGGAACAAAACAUAUGCUGAAAAUACACAAUAUGUGCGUAAAUCAAUAAAUCCAGCACAUCUCUUCAAGUAUGAGACUAUACAGUGUAGGUGCUAGUAAAUGUCACAUUCUAUAGACAGUGUAAACUGUAAAUAUAAACCUUUUCUGUGCACAUGAAAGUAGAGCGACCAAUACUAGUGCUGGCUUAAAUAAAACAUUUAUAAGGUAAGGUUGGCUCUAAUUAAUUUGACACCUUAUCACUGAGGUUGUUGUCCACAAGGAGAAUAAACAAAAAAAAUGUUCUAGGCUUAACAUCUGAAAAUGUGGACAUGGUACCCUGCAUGUGCUGGAUUGUAAAUAAGAUGUGUUUUGUUCUUGCAAGCUAAAACAUAUUUGUUCGUUGUAAGUGGUUGUGAUUUGCAAUCAAUUCCAGAGAGGGGGGGUGCAAAUCCAUAGAGAAGUUACUAAAAGGAUGAACUGAAAUAAAAUUAUGUUUUUACGACUAUUCAAAUUCCAGUUUCUCUCUAUAGUGUUGACUUUAUAUUAGAAAACUGGUAAUUCCAUGUAAUAUGUUACACUGUGUGAAAUCCUGAAAUGAGUAAAAAUGCUAUAAUAAUUACACCAUAUGAAAUGUUAAUGUUUUUCUAAAUGCCUACUCAUUUUCUGUUGGUAAAAUAAUCGCAUUCCUCUGUAAUAUUGCACAAUGUAAGAUUUAUUGCCUGGGCUUAACAUGACAACUGAUAAAAGUGAUCUCCAUACAGAUGUCACUGUCGGCUCAGAGUGAUCAUUUGCAUAUUCGCAAGUGACUCAGCAUCACAUAAAACCAUCAGUGUUUGCCUUUGCAAUUUUGUCUCUUUCCUCUUUUCUUAUGUUAUCACAACUUACAUUUCUCUGAUAUUGUGCACAGAAAAAAUUACAAUAAAAAUAUUGGGAACAAUAGAAAGACCCCAGUAUGAUAUGUUUUAAAGGUAUAAAUAAAUAUAAUUCAAAAGGAAAAAAAAUAUUUGGUAAUUUCUUAUAUUAAAUACCAGAAUUAGUCUAUUAAAACCACAAGAGUAACUUUUUUUUUUUUUUUUUGAAGAGCUAUAGAAAAAUAUUAAGCACGGUGGGUUCCAUAUUUUUUCAUUGGGCAUGCACUUAGUUCUGUUUAAAACUCAUUUUAUUAUCUGAUAUGUUUGAGUGUGAUUUUUGUCCCUUUGUGAAAUGCAUUUUUAAUCUGCUUGUGAGUGAUAAAUAUGAAACAAAGCAAUGUUUAUCUGUACAUAAAAAUAAAAUACUGAACUAUGA